AUGCGUAAGUUUCACUUCGCGGGAACACACACCUACAGCGAUGGGGGUUGUAGAGAGCGCUCCACGUCGCGCCCCGCUCUCGGCUCGGUGUAUACCGGGCCGCUUCCGUCGCGCGGCAUCGAUUUCGAACAUUAUUACCGCCGGCGUCGGCACACGGGAAGAAUAUCCGAUCCACAAUUAAAGUCGGAGGCGAAAUUUUGCGAAUCACGAGAUACCGUCGCGAGGAGGCGAAUAAUUGGGGAGCGCGGCACCUGUGCUCGA